CAGCUCUUCCGGAGCGGCCUCGCUCUUCCCCCUCCGGGCCCGUUCGCCACGACGCCUCCGGCUCCGUGCCCCGGCUCCGGCUCCGGCUCCGGCUCCGGCUCCGUGCCCGCCCGGCUCCGUGCCCGCCCGCUCCGUGCCCGUCGCCAUGCCGCCGCGGGGCUGCGCGGCCGCGGGGCCGCUGCUGCUGCUGGUGCUGCUGGUGCUGCGGGCCUGCGCCGCAAGGGCCUCGGAGAUCACCUUCGAGCUGCCCGACAACGCCAAGCAGUGCUUCUACGAGGAGAUCGCGCAGGGCACCAAGUGCACGCUGGAGUUCCAGGUGAUCACUGGAGGCCACUACGAUGUUGACUGCCGGUUGGAAGAUCCUGAUGGCAUUGUGUUAUACAAAGAGAUGAAGAAGCAAUAUGACAGCUUCACGUUUACUGCAUCCAGAAAUGGAACGUACAAAUUCUGCUUCAGCAAUGAAUUCUCUACUUUCACACACAAAACUGUGUACUUUGAUUUCCAGGUUGGAGAAGAUCCACCACUGUUUCCUAGCGAGAACAGAGUGACUGCACUUACCCAGAUGGAGUCUGCCUGUGUUUCGAUUCAUGAAGCUUUGAAGUCUGUCAUUGAUUAUCAGACGCACUUUCGAUUGAGAGAAGCUCAAGGCCGCAGCAGAGCAGAGGAUUUAAAUACAAGAGUAGCCUACUGGUCAAUAGGGGAAGCAAUCAUUCUUCUUGUUGUUAGUAUUGGGCAGGUAUUUCUCCUCAAAAGCUUCUUCUCAGACAAAAGAACCACAACAACCCGUGUUGGAUCAUAACUGGCAGUGAUAAUGCUUCAGGUCAUUGUGUGCUAUUCAUCUGUAGAGUUACUGUUCUCCAAUUAAUUGUUAGGUACAAAUGAUCUAAGUAUGUGUAACAUUCAAAUCUGUCUACCACUCAUCCAUUUAAAUCACAAAAGAUCCAAAAAGUUAUGGAAGGGACACAUGAUUUGAAAUUAAAAAAAAAAAUAAAAAAAAAAAAGGAAAACACUUUGGAACUUAAAUACUUUCUGAUUUCUGUAUUAAACAUCUUGCAUUGACUAGCCUCUUCUAUAGAUAUUAAUUCACACUGAGUUUGAUGUUCUUUUUUUUCUACCAGUAAGAUUACCUACUUGCGAUAUAAGAGUUUAAAAGAACCAAACAAUCAAGUGUCAGAUGUGCAAAAGCAAUGCAUAUGAAAAUGUGAUUUGACUAUAAUUUCCAGGCUGAAUGUAUUUGCUUAUAAACAAGCAAAUGUGAUGAACUGUAGUGUGCUGUUUUGAUUUGCUGUUUAAAAAAAAAUAUCAUUUCCUUAUUUGUAAAUCGGUUGCAAGCUUGACAGUUUAUCCUGGCUCAUUUUCCAUCAGCCUGGGAAGUCUCCUCCUUCAAAACUUGCUAAAUUUUAUAGUUGAAUGCAUUUGCUUAAGCACACAUUCUUCUAUAGUGAAAUAAAAUGAGCUUCUUAUACAAUGUUUGUUUUACUGAACAGAUUAUAAACUGAGACAACUCAGGAAAUACAUUUUCUGUCUUCAAAAAUCCAAAUCUCCAAGUUUAUGUUAAAAACAUGCAAUAAAAUAGGGAGUCCUCUAACUUUGUCAGUAAAGCCGUACAGUCUCUGUACUUAUUUAUGUUGCUGCUGCUUUUUGGAUUUAAGACCAGAGGUAGCUUGUUUUUUUAGGCAGCGCAGUACCAGCACUGGACAAGGUUAUAUUACAUUUGAGGCACAUACAAGGCUUUUUACUAAAUUGAUUUCCUGUUAAGAGGCCAAUUUUAAUAUUGAUACUGCAUUGCACGUGUGCUGUAAAUUUUAUUUCCCUGUGUGUGGUGCACUAAUACAUUAUGGCCUUGUGCAUCUAAUUGCCACUCUUUUUUGCUAGUGGUGAGGAAAUUAAUUAAAUAUUUGAGGUUAUCUUUUUGGUAGUUAAUAGUUAAAUUGUUUCCACUGCUCAUGUAUUUAGCAGCUUAUGUACUGUAAUGUCUUGUUUUAUUUGGAUGUGGAAGAUAGUAAAUGUAUGUAUGUACAAGUAGCUUAAAUUGAGCUGGUCAACUCCUUCAGGUGGCUCUGGAGGAAUAAGUAAACUGACCAAUUCUUAAGUGCACAAAUUAAACAAAAGUAAAAAAAAAAAAAAAUAAAAAUUGUCAUCGUAUUACUGACUAAUUCAAAAUAUGCUUAAGCAAGCAGAGCAAGAACUCUAAAUCCUCAUUAGUAGCCUGUGUUAUCUCUAGCAAAAAGUUGAAGUCACAUGUACGGCUGACCACUGAGUAUUCUGAAGAACUGAUGAAAGAUGACUUCAUUAUAAAAUGUUUUGAUGUUUGCAAAAAAAAUGAGCAAGCAUGCUCCUAGUCUCUAUUCUGAAAUAAACUUCUUCAGAAAGUGAAUUAAAAAAUGAACAGUGGCUCAAAAACAAGUAAAAAGCUCACAGAGGUAUUAAAAAGCUUAAUGUAAAAUUCAGGAUUGUGUGUAAUGUCUUUCUAUCUUGUACCAAACUUUAAACACUGCAUUCCCAUUUUGUGAUGCACGCUUCCCAGAAACAGUUAGAUUCACAAAGGUCAGAAAGCAAAAAGCUAGUUCUUUCUUCUUACAAAACAAGUCUCUGCCUGAAAUAGGUACAAUAUUGUUGAUUAUACCUAUAUGCUUCAUUUUUGUGUUUCAGCAGCUGAUACUUAGUUUCUGUACUGCUUUGCACACAAUAAUGAAGUAAGUUGUGCACUUUGGGUGCAAGUGUCAGAAGAAAACACGAUUUUAAUUUUGAAAGUACCCACUCUACUCUUCUGAAUUUUAAAUGUCACUUGUUUAGCUUUAAUCAGAACAAGUGCGUUUGCUUUAAAGAUUGAAACGUGUUUUUUUUUUCCAACUGAGUUGUUCUGUGUGCUCUCAAAAUUGGUAACAAUGGGAUAAAGCAGAUACUGGAUGGCCAUCGUGUACAUGUCUCUAUUCUUUCAUACCGUUGGAAUGUGUGACAUGGGACUGUUUGGCUCAGAAUUAUUCCCACUGCAGAGGCUUAGUGAACUUGACUUUUGCAUUGAAGUUAGGUAUACAAACCAAUCCUCUGAUAUCUUGCUGCAUAAUAUGCAGCAAUAGCUUAAAAAUGCCUUUAUUUUUGUGUUAUUAAAAACAUGGCACAAGUACACGUUUAAACAUAGCUGUACAUAGUUUUUAAAAUGUGACUGAAUAGGAUAUAAUAAACACGCUAACAUGCAGUGGGUGAAUAAAUGCUUUGUGACUUUUUGUUAAAGCUAUGUCUUUUUAUAUAUGGAAAGCAUAGUUUGAUUAAUGGUGUGAUACUCAAGUAAAUCACCAUGCAUUAAAGGGGAUACAACUGUGUUUUUAGCUGAAACCCAGGGCUUUUAGUAGUUUUUUUUCCUGGAUGUUUGUGUUUACGCAACUUAUUUUCAUGUUCAGGAAUGUCAGUUCUUGUUUUAGUUUGGAAAAAAAAAUAGUUUGAAUAAGACAAGAAGCAGACCCUGUGAAUACUGUAUGGGUAAAUAAAAAUUAAUAUAUGAA